AUGUUGAGCGGAUUCAUUGCAAAUGUUCUUAUGGUUGUGGCUAUUUUAAAGAACAAAUCUCUACGCACACCAAUGAACAUGGACCUUGUAAGUCUUGCAUGUUCCAUCGUCGGUGCCGUUUGUGUCAUGAACCCAACGAACAAACUCGCAGGGCGGCGAAAGGUUGAAAUGAGGGCAGUCAAACGAAUAGCUGUGUUAACUGGUUCCUUUGCCGUUUUAUGGUUACCAUUACCCAUGGCAAGCAUGUUGUUCUCAAACAGCGCUAGUAUGUCAGAAAACGAUUUGGUAGUAUUAUUGCUCAUGGGGGCUGUAAGCUCUUUGACUGUUGCUGUGAAUCCAUUGCUGAAUUUAUUACUGAACAAACAGCUACGAUCGGCGACGAUCACUUUGUUUAAAAGGAUUGUCAAUAAACUGAAGAGUAACCUGUAG